AUGGCUCCGCCUGGAGAGAUAGUCCAACUUUCUACGCUUGCCGCAGCGCUCCGCGAUACGAGGUCGGAUGAUUACCGCGACGCUCGAUUUUCCAAGGUCGACUAUAUGUUCUGGAAACCCGAGGGAAGGUUGAACCGUGUCGGUGCCGCCGCCCUCGAUGCAUUCGCCGAGCUCGCCACCUGUCAACCUGAUCAAUCUGUUGCGGUGGCGGCUGUCCUCGACCACGGCGGCCACAUCGAGAUAUACAUCGCAGGAGACACAGAGGAGGUUCCUCCCUCAGUCGUCCGCCACCUAGGCAACAUCUGCGCCCGCAUCCUUAGCAUCCGCACCGCCGUCGAGGCUUCGUCUAAUCCUACGGCCAUACUCGAGAUGAUACGUGAAAACCCCCAUGUCUCAGAAGGCUCUUUGGAGCCCGCCCUUGAUGCUCUCCGUAUCCUCGAACUGGACUUGUACAGGUACUCCAUCGGGCGCGUCCGCGCACACGCCACUGCAGACCCACAACUCCGCUGGAUAGACGGUCUCAGCUUCCUAAUCGCUCGUCUCAAAUGCCCACCCGCCGCAGCCCUGGAUGAUCUAUCCGAUGGAGAGCGGGCUGCUUUGAAGCUCCUGCAACGAUCUGCGCGCGUACAGCGGUACCUCUCAAAGCUCGACGAGGCGAUUAUCCGCUUGCAAGGAUUACUUGCCGCGGAACCGGCUACCGACCUCGACGAUGUGCGCCUACGCGAAAUAUCCCUCGCCCUGGCACUCGAUCUACACCCGCUUGAGAAAGACAUGCCGUACUUCGACCAGUUCAUCUCCGCGUACAUCACCCGUAAAACCGGUACCGCUCCCCACACGCCGCUUAGCACGCACGCAUGGCUGAAGAAAGUGUGUUGUGUGGCCAUCGCGUUCCGGGGUUUGACCGGCAUCCUCGUCACGCCCGCCCUCUCCGCCAUGUUCGGCGCCCGCGUACGCAUCCAUCCUAUCGUCAACACUCCGCCCAAACGGCCAUAUGACGUGGCGCCCACGGCCGACGACAUCAAGGUCACGAUCGCUACGCACGGAAUGGUCAAAUACACCGCGAGCACCUUUAUUCCUGGCCGUCCAGAGUUAUUCAACGAUCUCGCCGCUGAACUCGCGGCAGCAGCAGCCAAGAGAGGCCACGCGACUCACAUCCAUUGUGAAUGCGCCCUGCUUUGUUACCUCUGGGCGCAUGGCCAGACGAUGCUGCCGUACGUCGGGCUUUCGAUGGCACCGUGCAUAUUCUGUGCCAUCUACUUCAUGGCCUACCGCGACAUCCGGGGAAUCGAAACGUCUACGCGCGGGACAGAAGGACAGAUAACCGCCGCCGCUUGGAUGUGCCCCGAUUUUCCCGACCUUCCUGAGGAUGCUGCGGCCUUCCAGUCACAGCUCUAUGAGAGGCUUCGCCAGUACAUCCAGAAGAGGCUUCUCGACGAGCAUUUCCGAAGACAGAAAAUAAGCGGCGCAACCUAUGCCUCUACCGCGCCCUUGACGAGCUCAAACAAACCCGACCAGGACCGCCGCUACGCGCUCGACAGAUUUGUUACUUGA